GGUUCCAUUCAUUUAGACUUUUAUCUCAGGGCUGGGUAUUGUAGAAACAUGUUUUGUUGUAAGUUUCUUUAGACGUUUACCAAUUGUUAUUGGUAAAACAGUUAUUUUCGAAAUUUGUCUUUUUAUUGUGAGUUGUUAUGAGGUAUUACAUGUGUGUUUAGCGAUACCCAGCCCUAUUUAUACCUGAUGGUGUAUUUGUUGUAAAUGUACUGGUAUGAAUAUCAUUCUGUAUCACCUACCUACAUGCAUACAUUACGAAAAACACCUGCAUGCCUUUUUUGAUUUGGUUUUUCUCGGGUUAAUCGUUCCUCAGGCUUAAUUUCAGCUCAGGGCCACAUGUUGAUCACGGUGGGUCUGACAGUUUUUGAGGUUAUUGAGCCGGAAUCUUCUUCUGCAUUAAUCCACAGUUCAUCCACUUACACACAAUGCUGCAAUGACAGGGGAACUCUGAUUUGUACAUUUGUUUUCUGCUAUUAUGUAAUUCGUGAAUUUGAUUUGCUGGUUCGUUACUGGUCUCAGUUUGACCAGUUGGCAUUGUGAAAUUACAACCAGUUUUUUAUUUAUUUAACCCUCUCUUUUACUUUAGUAGUGUUGUUGUAAUCCUCUUAACACAGGCAAAGAGACAAACAAUAAUCAAAGCAUUACCUACUUGGUGACAAAUCUAACUGCCAAACGUCAUAUUAGGGCUUUUAUAUAGUAGACAUUCCAGCAGAAUUGAAUUUAACAUUGUACUAUCUAAUCCGGCUCAGAUCUUUCUCCCGGUCUAAAGAAGGCUCUUGUUAACAAAGCAGAAAGAAAAGUGGACAACCAGCACAUGCUGCACUACAUCCGAGAUAAGACGGCGGUCCCAUAUUUCAGCAACCUGGUGUGGUUUAUCGGCAGCCAUGUCCUUGAAUUGGACAAGUGUGUGCAGACAGAUGAAGAACAUAAGAACCGGGGAAAGUUAAGUGACCUGGUAGCGGAGCACCUCGACCACCUCCACUACCUCAACGACAUCCUCAUCAUCAACUGUGAAUUCCUAAAUGACGUGCUGACGGACCACCUCCUCAACCGUCUGUUCCUGCCCCUCUAUGUGUACUCAUUGGUCAUCCCUGAGACGUCCGAGGAGCGAAAGAUCAACCCUCAGGUGUCCUUGUACCUUCUGUCUCAAGUGUUUCUGAUCAUCCACUAUCGGCCACUGGUCGACUCCCUGGCCGAUGUUAUCCUCAACGGGGACCUGUCUGUCUUCACCCCGCAGACAGACAUACACAGCACACAUAAGAGCACGGCCAGUGCAGGAGGCCUGCGUCGGUUCACCAAGCCCUCCGAGUCUCUGGAGCGCUCCCUGGAGCUGUCCCGCAACCGGGGCCGCAAGAGAACCCAAAAGAGGCCAAACUACAAGAACCUGGGCGAGGAAGAGGACGAGGAAAGGGCCGGCGGAGGGGGAGGAAGCGGAGGAAUUGGAGUAGAGGAGACCUGGGAUGACAAUGGCAGAGGAGAGAGAGAUGGAGGCCGGGAGAAGGGAAAAGGUACAGAGGGAGGAGGAGGAGGAGGAGGAGGAGGUGGGAGUUCUAAGGGAAGCAGAGCAAGUGGGGAGACAGCGGAAGAGAUAGAGAUGGUGGUGAUGGAGAAGUGUAAGGUGUCUGAGCAGACUGAGCAGAACAUCACUGAUGAGGAGAAGACGGCUGCAGCCACUCGCACAUGUGCACAGAGAAGCAGACCGUUUUUGGACAUGGUGUACAGUGCCCUCGAUUGCGCCAACGAUGACUACCACGCCCUGUUUGUCCUCUGCCUGCUUUAUGCCGUGUCACACAGCAAAGGUAUAAACCGUGAUCUUCUGGAGCGGCUGCAGCUGCCAGUUCCUGACCAGGAGAAGAGCUGCUACAGCCUGGUGCUGGCAGAGAGACUGAUCAGAGUCAUGAGCCAGGCAGCACAACCAGACGGUAAAGUGCGUCUAGCUACUCUGGAGCUGAGCUGCCUUUUGUUGAAGCAGUCAGUGCUGUCUGGAAACCUCUGUAUAAUCAAAGACGUCCACCUGGCCUGCUUGGAGGGUGCCAGAGAAGAAAGCCUGCAUUUACUGCGGAGGUUUUACAAGGGAGAGGAGAUCUUUCUGGACAUGUUUGAGGAUGAAUACAGAAGCAUGACGAGUAAACCUCUCAACGUGGAGUAUCUAAUGAUGGAUGCCUCGGUGCUGCUGCCACCCACGGGCACACCUUUGACUGGCAUCGACUUUGUCAAGAGACUCCCGUGUGGAGACGUGGAGAAGACUCGCAGGGCGAUCCGGGUCUUCUUCAUGCUGCGGUCGCUGUCGCUUCAGCUUCAGGGAGAACCUGAGACACAGCUUCCUCUGACCAGACCUGAAGACCUUAUCAAAACAGAUGAUGUGUUGGACCUCAACAACAGUGACCUCAUCGCCUGUAUGGUGGUCAGUAAAGAUGGCGGCCAGGCCCAGAGGUUCCUCGCUGUAGACGUGUACCAGAUGAGUUUGGUCGAGCCAGAAACCAAACGCCUCGGCUGGGGUGUAGUCAAGUUCGCUGGCCUCCUGCAGGACAUGCAGGUGUCUGGUGUGGAGGACGACAGCAGAGCGUUGAACAUAAUCAUCCAUAAGCCCAUCUCCAACCCCCACGCCAAGCCCCUGCCCAUCCUCCAGGCCAACUUCAUCUUCGCUGACCACAUCCGCUGCAUCAUCGCCAAGCAGCGGCUGGCCAAGGGGCGCAUCCAGGCCCGCCGCAUGAAGAUGCAAAGGAUCGCCGCUCUGUUUGACCUGCCAGUGCAGCCCGGUGCCACAGAGGUUCUGGGCUUUGGUCAGACUUCCAACGCUUCACCCAGCGGCCUCCCUUUCCGAUUCUACGAGCAGUCGAGACGGGCCCCCAACGACCCCACAGCAGCUAGAUCAGUCUUUGGCUCCGUGGAUAAAGUUCCAGGUUUUGCGGUGGCUCACUGUGUGUCGCAGCACAGUCCCUCGCCCCUCUCCUCCCCCUCGCCUCCCUCCAGUGGGAGUGGCAGCACAGGGAGAUGUGACUCUGUGACUGCAAGUACUGUAUCAGCUCAAAGCCCGACAGAUGACGGCACUUUUUUGGAGCACACUCCGCCCUCCUCCUCAGGUGGAGAAGGAGAAGGUGGAGGCGGGGAAGUAAUUCUACUCUCCUCUACUCCUUCAAACCCAGUCCCUGCUCACGCCCUAGCCCCGAGCCUCACCCCGGCCUCCCAGCCCAACAUCUCCCUCCUCACCGACAACAGCACAGACACCCUCAGCGUGGAGUCGCUCACGCUACUGCCCCCUUCCGACUCGCCGCACCUGCACCCAUGCGCCAGCCACGUUCCUGCACCGCUCUCCCUCCAGAGACCAGAUGCCUCCAUCGCAGAGGAGGAGGAGGAGGAUGAGGAGGAGACAGAAGGAGACAGGAAAGGAGGGCAAAGAGACGUGGAGGAGAUGCAAGAGGAGGAGGGAUCGCCGAUGGAUGCGACAGUCAAAGAGGACACCGCCACGACAGAGUUGGCCACACCCACUGAGGAGGCGCCAGAGGGAGGAGACGAGCCAGAAGGUGAGGACACGCCUCUAGAGGCGGAGCUUACUGCUUCAGAGCCGCUAAGAAGAGACGACUCUGUGGAGAACUCAGAAGAUGCAGACUCACCUGAACUGGAUUAAACAACAACACUUAACGUCAUCUCACACACACACACACACACACAGGACAGUGUGAUAGUGAAACUAUCCGGUGCGGCUACAGUAUAUUUUCAUGUUGCUACUUGUUUGAAUUGUGUGAUGUGGAUAAAUCAGGAGGCUUUGGAAGCCUUGGUGUUUGCACAUGAAGAAAGACAAGUCCAGACCCUGGUCGAACUCAAGGAAGGCUCAAAGCACAUUCAGCUUUUUGUGUACUCGAGUGUGUUCAGUCGUGCGUGUGCGAGUGUUUUUAAGCACGCGUGUGUCGAUGCACACAACCAGCAAAGUUUUUUACUCAUUCUGAUUGAUUGUCAGCUCAGAGACACACAAACACACACACACCCUAUUUUUGUGUUUAAAAUUCACAUAACAGUUUUCACAGCUAUUGUUUUGUGGUGAUGGUCACUACUAUGCUAAUACACACACACACACACACACACACACACACACACACACACACACACACAGUCCACACAGUCCACACUGAGUCAGCUGCACUUGCCUUUUAACCUUUGCAUGUUGCACCCAUUUGCAGUUACUGCCACCCAGGAGUGCCAGCGGGUCGCCGUGCGCGUGAUCUGCUUUCGGUUUGAUUCUCAUUCUUCCACGUGUAAAGUAAUGAUCCAUUCAUUUGCCACUUCCUGAUUGGUGUCUAUUAUAGAAUAUAUAUAUAUAUAUAAAUAUCAAAAUCAAAUCAUCUCGACCAAUCAGGCGGCACUUCUCUGAGACUGUCCACAUUCAUUCGAUGUUAAAACCUUUUUUUUUCAAAGUGGUCGUCUUGUGCCCUGCUGGUAAAUAUUUGGUUAAGUUCCUGUGGGAAUGUGACAUGAGGUGUGUGAACGCUGCUUUUUACUUAUGAUUCACCAGCACACAGUCGGUUUUCCAGCAAUUCACAUAUGCAACAACAAUCGAUUUAACUUCGAUCUCACUCUGGCUUUUAUUCCAACUUCCAUUUCAAAUCACCACCUGGUUUUGCAAAGAGUGCGUUCACCCGUCAGCAGCCUGAGAGAUCUGAAUGGAGCCUCGGCUGCUGAGUAAGUGGUACUGAAUAAUAUAUAAUGUGGAGCAGUAGUAAGUGAGUUUUGUUUCAGUCAUCCAUUGAUUGAUUCAUUCAUUUUAUUCAGCCUGUGGCAAAACAAAUGUCCUGUUUGACGACCUAAGAAAACUAGAUCUGAUAAUAUAAUAUGGAUCUUUAGUGAAAACUAGAUACAAAUUUUUAUUUUCUUAAAUUUCUUUCAUCUGCAUAGUGAUGUAGUAUAAUAUGGAUCUGUGGUGUCAUGAGGAAACUAUUAGAAGUAACAGCCGUGUCUUUGGGUCUGCACGUGUUGAAUGUACCUGCUGGUUUCCCCCCCCCUCAGGCGCUGACCUGAGAUCAGUUUUACUCUGCAUGUAUGUGGGGACGGCUUUAAAUAGAUAAAUGUUAAUAAGACAAGAGCAGUAGUAUGUGGUGGGUUCCCCCCCCCCAAGCAAAAGUUUGGAUCCUAUUUUCAUGAACUACUGCAAUAAUCUGAAGAAGUGACCAGUGCUGGGGAGACAUGAAUGUAACAACUUAUCUCUCAAUCAUCAGUGUUAUUAGAUCAACUUUAAACUUUAAUUCACGACUUGAUUUGUUUAAAAAAAGCACUCGGAUUGUUUCCCUCAUCUUUUUCGAUCCUUUUACCCUCGCUGCUUUUCCCCUUCUCCUUUUCUCUUCCUCCUUUUCUCCUUCUCUCCCUCGCUCUCCAACUCGCCCUCCUCUCUCCGGUGCCAUCGCCACACAGCUGAAGUCUCAACGCUCGAUCACUCUUGUUUUUUAACUUUGUACAGUCAUCAACAGGUUUAUAAAUGAGAAACUCAGAGCAAUACUCUCUCUCUUUAUUUUGAGUCCGUCUCCUCGUAUUUCCAUUUGGCUUCUUUGUAAAUAGCAGAAGAAUGACAGUGGGGAAGAGGCUGAGCCGACCGGCUGAGGAGGCUUGGCUUGGCACAGUGUGUAGAGCCGAUGGUUCAGAGGAACGUGCCGUGAGAAGCAUCUGUAAUCGAGCCUCUGAUUGUAGUGCGUGUGUGUGUGUGUGUGUAUGCAAUUUGUUUGUAUGCUCUGUAAAUGCUUUUGGCUUUUAAACCUGUAAUUAUUGUUAAUGACUUAAAACAGAGGAAUAAAUAAAGAAUUGCAAUAAAUUAUUCUACUUAAAAAACGGUGAGCGCCCUGCAUGAGUGUUGUUGUUGUGUUUGCAGACAGGAGAGUUUUUUUUUUUUUCCACUCCAUUCUUCUCAGAACGACAGAGCAGUAGUAAGAGCAGAGGAGGUUCUCCUCAGAGUCUGAGCAAGAAAACCACAGGAAAUAUUAGAAAACUGUCGCCCACCCCCUCGUCUUCUACUGCACCAGGUUUCAAAGGAGGUUUUUAGAGGAACUCAUGUUGCUCUUAAUUAGAAGUCGCUUGUAAAAUAGUUGGAUUUCUACAUAAUCAACCUUCACACAUAUCUGUGGUGCUGAAAGAAGCUGAGUCGAAAACACCGUCACACGUGUUAGAAAGCUGAAGGUCGGUGACCUACAGUGAGACGCCUCACGACCUUCAAACUGCAGCAGCACACAACCAGCGUUCUACUUCCUGCCCUGCAGCUCGACACUCAGGUGUAAACACGGGUUAAUGAUGCACGUAUUUGCUUCGGGCCUGAAUUCAGAGUGUGUGAGAGUGUGUGUGUCAGACGCUGAGAAGGCCUGAGGAUCAUGACGUUGCUGUUGCACUUUCUACAUAUGUGUUCUGUCUCUGUGGCUGCUGCUGCUGCUGAUGCUGCCCUCAGUCACCUUGUGGUCUGUACGUGUUGCUUUUAUCGCGGUUCCUCACUUCAGGGAAGUCUGGGUGUUGUGUGCGUAAACCUGAAUGAGUUCCUGGUACUGCAACAAUACGGACAUGGUGUUCGUGUGCGAGUGUGCUCCACACCACAGCAGUCACAGCAUCAAACUGAAGUUCAGACUGAUGUAAAGAUUGAAGCAGUCGUGCUGCUGAAGUCACAAUCACGGAUGAAGGUUAUUUAGAAACCGAAGGAUUGAAAGCAUUGACAUAACAUAAGUUUACAUUGUGAACAUCUUACUUUUGACCUAUUUACAGCCACAUGCUUGUGUUAAUAGUGUUUUGUGCCAGAUGUUUAGGUGGCGACCAGAGGUGAGAAUCUAAAAGCUGCUUCAAAGAAAUGUUCCAGCACAACUGUCUUAACUAUGAAAUGGCAAAGAUGUGUUUCUUCUUUUGUUUUUGAAGUUUUAAUAAAUUAGAUAUUUUACUGAUA